AUGCUUCCCCGAUCUCCCACUGUCGAUGCCUUCAACCAGCAAGCACUCAGGCACUUUGGAAACCAGCCAGUCAGCAGCGAUAUGAUCGCGUAUCUCGCGAGGAUCGUGGACCGUGUACAGAAGGAUUCGACGCCCUUUCCUUCUGAACUACUUCAGUAUGGAGCUUGCUGGUAUGAGCCUGAGAAGUCUAGGCUACCGGCACUGGAGGAGUUCAUCGCGAAUCUAGUAGUCUCAUCGGAGGUCAGAGCCUUACCGCUCAUGUCGACUCUCGUCUAUCUCAACCGCCUCAAGUCAAAGCUGAAUACGACAGCCCAUGGCGUCUCUUCUACACCACAUCGCAUAUUCCUAGCGUCACUCGUCGUGGCCGUCAAAUUUCUCGAUGAUAGUCCACCCAAAAACAAACACUGGGUGUUUCACUCUAGCGUCCAGACUGCUACCUCGGCUCUUCAGUUCACCCAAGGCGAUGUGAAUAAGAUGGAAGCGCAGCUCAUAUGUCACCUAGAUUGGGAUCUGACAAUGAGCGAGCAGGACUUGUGCGCCGCACUGGCGCCAUUCUUAGAGCCGCUACCGCUGAAUAUUGGCAAGGCACGCAAGAAAGAAAGCAUGGCGAGAAGAUGA